AUGAGCAAAAAAGCAACGAGUUCAAAAUCAAGCAAUAAAUCAACAAAAUUGAAACCAAUCGAUGAAACGCAACUGAAAACUGCUUUUCAAAUGUUUGAUAUGAAUCGCGACGGAAAAGUCAAUGAAGAAGAGAUGAAGUCUAUGCUAAACAAACUUGGGAUUCAAAUCAAUGAUAAUUUGGUUAAACAAAUGAUUGCCAGCGCAUCAAAAAAUGGUGACGGAUUGAUCACAGAAUCAGAAUUUCUGAUUUGGUUAUCAAAGAUAAAGACACAUAAAGACAAUGACGUCGAAGAGGACCUGAAAGCAGCCUUUUCUGUGUUUGAUUCCGACAAAAAUGGUUUUAUAACAAGAGAUGAACUCAAGUCUGCGAUGCAAUUAAUAGGUGAAACCAUUACUGACAGAGAUUUGGACCAAUUAUUGAAUGCAACUGAUAUCGACAAAGACGGUAAAAUCAAUUAUGAAGAGUUUAUCAAAUGUUUGUUAUAA